GAUGUCACGUGACAAUACAAGGGCAAAACAUGGCCGAUGCGUCUUGGUGCAAGUUAGGCACAUUCGAGGAAACAUAACAUGGUGACCAUGUGGAAAACUACCAGCUAAAGUAUAUUUGCUAGCACACUGAUAUUCGAGCUGAUAAAUUCAAAUCAGUUUAUUAAAUUAUUUUAAUCGUUAGACGGAAGCAAGACAACAAUCAUCAUGGGUCGACGAUCGAUCAACACCACGAAAAGUGGGAAAUACAUGAAUCCUACAGAUCAAGCUCGAAAGGAGGCAAGGAAGAAAGAGUUGAAGAAGAACAAGAAGCAGCGUAUGAUGGUAAGACAGGCUGUUUUGAAAGGCAAAGACCCUCUGAAACUGCUCCAAGAAAUGGAAAUGAUUGAUAAAAUGGAGUAUAACCCAAUUGAGGCACCAAAGUUGAAUGAGAAAGUAUUGAAAGACAAGAGAAAAAAAUUGAAAGAGACUUUUCAACGGGUCAUGAAAUUAUACGAAAAAGAAAAUCCAGACUUUGCCCGUGAUCUGCGAAAAUCUGAAAAUGACUAUGAAAAGAAAAGAAUGCAACUUCAAGUAUAUUUUGAGCAAGUGAAGAAUGCUGAACGUGUACAGUUGGAUCAGAUUCCCUUACCAGACAUACCCCAACACAGUACUAUUCCUUCCUUGAUUCCUCUUCCUAAUGAAAUCCCGAUACCAAGCCUAGAUGACCUAAAGCAGCCCCAUGGAAUUCUCAAGAAGUCAUCUGCAUAUGGACAAAGAGAAGUGACAGCUAUGGAGAUAGAAGUAGCCAGACGGAGAAAGCCUGCAGGACCUCCUCCCGGUCCUCCUCCGGAGCUGUCCGACAGCGAGGAUGAGGAAUAUGAUCCAGCUAAAGACAUUGAGGAGAACAUAGGAACAGUAGAUGUGGACAUAGAGGAGCCCCAGGAGAUGAUUGAGGACGAACCGAUGUUACCAGAGCCAGAUCUGGAGGAAUCCCAGCAAGCAGCUAAGCAAAGAAAGAUACGAUUUGUUGAUGAUGAUACAAGAGAUCCCGAGGAGGAGGAGAAAGACACAAGGCUAAAGUUCGGGUUACAGAAGAAGGCUGGGGUUACUCCAUUACAGGCAAUGAUGUUAAAGAUGGCGGGUCAGCCAGGUCCCAAGGGAGUCGAAGUCCCAGCAGUGACAGAGGAAGAGGAUAGCAGGAGCACAAGAUCUCGAGACAGGGACAGAGAUCGUGACAGAGAUCGUGAUCGGGACCGUGAUCGGGACAGGGAAAGAGAUCGGGACAGAGAUAAAGAUAGAGACCGAGAUAGAGAUCGGGACAGGGACCGUGACCGAGAAAGAAGCCGAGAUAGAGAUAGGGAAAGGGACAGAGACCGAGACAGGGACCGAGAUUGGGACAGAGACAGAAGAAGUGAAAGACGAGAAGACUCCAAAAAAGAGGAAGAAGAGAAGAAGAAAGCUGUGGCUAGUCUACCAGAUGGUCCUCCUGGUGAUGAGGCAGCACAGCAGGCUUCAUCUACAAGACUUAUACCUCCUGGUCCACCUCCUGGGGCUCCCCCGGGUCUGCCACCAGGUGUCCCUCCAGGUCCCCCUCCUGGAGCCCCUCCUAUGAUGUUCAGACCCCCCAUGUUGAGAGGAGGACCUCCAGGAGCACCCCCAAGGAUGAUGCCCCCUGGUCCUCCACCAGGUCGCCCUCAGGGUCUACCCCCGGGACCACCACCUGGUUUACCGCCCAACAUCAGGAUGCCUCCACGAUUACCACCUGGACCGCCAGGUGUACUGCCGCCGAGAUUAAUGCGACCACCAGGCGGGCCACCAAGCGUACUUCCUCCAGGCUUGCCUCCUCCUGGUGCCGCUUCUCAGAAUCCCAAUGUGCUUAGUGCGCCACCUAGUAUCAUGAAGCUUCCCCAGAAGAUUGGCGGCGAUGACAAGAAAAAUACAGCGACCAUUGAGGCCAAGCCCCAGAUCAAGAAUGUAAUGGGAGAUGUUACACGAUUCACACCAACAGCUCUCAAGGUCAAACGAGAAGUGAGAGAUGCCAAGGGCCGAGUCAAAGCCACUGGAAAAGAGGAGGAGAAGCGGUUACUAGGCCUGGCUCCUGUAACAGCACCAGCCUCCAUAGCAGCUCAGACCAAGACCAAGGACGACGCUUACGACCAGUUCAUGAAGGAAAUGGAGGACCUCUUCUGAUCACCACAUCAGCAUGUUGGGAUUGUGUUGCUGUUGUUAUGACUGCGGUCUCUAAUCCCAGAUCAGAUUUGGCGAGGACCUUGGUCUAGACAGACAACACAGCCAUGUGUCAGGGAUGAACCCCAUGUUGAAGAUCUGCCAACUUUAUGGAAAUAUGUGCCAUGUUUGUGUUGGAACUGUGGUUAUCUGCCCUUAGUCACCAAACACUUCCUGUGUAUAAUAUGUGUGGACUGUUGCCAUAGUGAUGCACAAUAGGGAGGAACCUGUCUAUAUGGCCGAGCUUGUGUCUUCAUAUAAGAAUCCAUUAAGGGUUAAAGGAAGUGUCAUUUACGAUGUCAUGAACUCAAAUAUAUAACACAUCUAUCAACAGAUGCAAUAGCAAUGGUAAUAGCUCUGUCAUCCUCUGUAGAUCAGGAAUCGAUCAGGUUAUUAUCAAACACAAAGAAAAUCAGAGUCAGGAGAGAAAAUGAUGAGAUUUGUGAUUAGGUGUGAUGGUCCUGUGUACAUGAGGUAUGUCUGAUUCUGUGUGGGGUGGCCUGUGUUUGGAGCCUAUGGAAUGCACACAACCUUUGGGCACAUGAUUUAUGUAUCAUGGAAGGGAAGAUUUUCUUUGCUACGAUCGCUACUAAAAUUAUGGAAUGUGUCAAGACUUUAAUCUGUUCAAUUGAUUUGUGUAUUGUUCGAUUUUCUUGCUAAUACUGUUUGGAAAGUAUGAAAUGUAUGGAAGGUCUGAUAGUCUCUAUACAGACGGUAAAGUGUGGAGCUGGUAGUGGUUAGUAGUGUAUGAGUGUUAACAAGUGUAUAUUAUGAGUGUAUAUGGGGUAUGACAUUGUUCACAACAGUACUUAUUGGUAAGGAUCAUAAUAUUGACUGGACGACUAGGAUUCCUUUUGUCCCAUUUUAAUAUUUUUGGCUAUGUGUCAAAUUAAAAUAAUGAACUUGUA